GGCAUCCAUGCUUAAAAAGCUUCCACAAUAACAAAACUUUAAUUUUAACUAUAUAGACACCGCUCAGAAAAGAUUUAUAUAAAAAUAUCAUCUCAGAUGUAAUAGAAUUUGAUACUGCAAGGCUGUAGAUGAAUGAUGAGCCUCACACUUUCCUGACUGACCUAAAUUUUCCCCUUAAUACCAAAAUGUCAAGGCGCUAGCAGAUUAAAACAAUAAACACAAAACAGAUUAACUGUGAAUCCCAAACAAAUUCAUAAACUGGCUGGUUACAAAGUAAUCUGAAAAUGUAUAUACCAGUGUGAAAAAUAAAUUGCAAGUCUAUAUUGCUCAUAUGACCCCAAAUGUAGUCAGAAUAUAAUGGAAUUACUUUCCUUCUGAUAAUACUCAAGUUUUGCUUCUGCAACCCAAAUGCCAUAGUCUUAAGAAAGGAAAUUAAAUGGAAUAAAAGGAUAACACAGCUAACACAAAUACUGACACUGACAGGUAACUGUAAGUGGUCCAAAUUAGUCAGGCAAAAUAAACCUACUCAUGUCAAGGCUCAGCUUAUUGUCAUUUGACAGCUCUGCAUAAAAUCUGUGCCAUAGCAAGUGAGAGUAAUCAGAGUGAUUGUGUUUGCCAAAGGGAUACAGCUAUCUGUCAAAUGUCACAAGUAAAGCAACAUCUCAGCAGUAAUGUUCCGUCCCUUUUUCUGCACUUAUAGUUUGCAUGCUUUGCCAAGCCAAAUAAGCUACAAAUAAAAUUUAUAUUAUAAAAUAAAGUAUUGUACUCCUUUGUACUCCUAACUGCACAUAACUCCCAGCUGCUCACACGUAUUAAGUAACUUUGAUUAUGACUGGAAACAUUUUUUAAUCAUACUAAUAAGCUAAUGUCACAUUUCUGUCACUAUUCUGCAACUCCUACAACUUUUUUCCUCACUGAAACUCCUUCUGCUAUCCUCUUAUUAUUAAGGUCUCCAUCGGGUUAUGUCUUACUAGUUGCUCAGUAAUGCAGCAUCCAAGUUCACAAUCUCACCUCUUCUUGUUAUAUCCACAAACAUCUUUAAUUAUUCAUAGCACUGACUGAACAGACCGUAAACCUGAAUCAUUAAUUGAGCGCAGUUUCAGUUCUGUAAAUAAAAGGGCCAUGGGGUGGCAAGCACUUAGAAAAUUGAUCUACACAUUGAUCUACACAUUAUCCUUCAGUCACUUUUCACCCCACAGUCAAACCCCUUAAUUUGCUUCGCAAUUGUCUGUAAAACAGAUGCCUGCGUGCACGCAAGUAAAUGCACGUGCAGCGUUGUCUGGUUUCAGUUCUGACUGUAACAUCAAUAUUUAAAUAUCACAAAUGCAACAAAUUUUAAAAAUGUAUUUAUUUUGGGGUGCACGUUAUGCUGCUUGCAGUCCCUAUUUUUUAUGUUAAAAAGUGGUUGCCCUCACAAAGGCCAAGAAUUGGUUGCCAAUUUCUCAAAAUGGUUGCCAAUGGCAACCUGCCUAAACUUCAGUAUGGUACAUAAAUAACCUAGUGGUUUUGUUAAAAGGGUUGGUUCAUCCAAAUUACAAAAGAAAACGUUGUUUUCACUCUUGUGGCAUCUACUGUAGCCAUGCUGAACAUUUUGGCUUUAGUCGUCCAUUUUUUGAGAUAUUGUAUCUGUCUUCACCCAGGUACAAUGGAAGUGAAUAGAGUUCAUUCAGAGUGUUCACAGCAUUAAGAAGAUGUCAUCUCUUUGUAAAGUUUCCCCAUUGCUCUGGAUAAUCCAGACCUCAGUGUGAACCAUUUUCACAUGGAUUAUUUCUUCAAGAAAAAGUAGUUCCAAUUAUACUGUGCUUCUCAGUGCAUUCUUAUUUAGCAUCCAUUGGAGAUGGGCAUAGCAUUAGCUUCUGACAGCAGAAACCCCAGAGAUGGAUAUCUCCAGACCUUGGCAAAUAACACCAAGCUAUCUCCAUGGCUAAAUACUUCUAGAGCGGCAACAGCCUGUCACGUCCCCCCUCUCUCAGUCUGCCCAGCCCUCCCCACUGCCUAAACCAGUGCCUACUACCCACCAUGUGCCCUGCAUCCCCCAUACGCCUCAUGUAGCGGCCCUGGCCACCUGUCCUGGUCGAGGCAAGAUUGCCAAAUUCCUCAGCCCUGAGGAAAUGACAUCAAGGGACUACUACUUCGACUCUUAUGCCCACUUUGGCAUCCAUGAGGAGAUGCUGAAAGAUGAGGUGCGGACGCUGACCUACCGGAACGCCAUGUACCACAACAAGCAUGUGUUCAAAGAUAAAAUCGUCCUGGAUGUUGGUAGCGGCACGGGGAUCCUCUCUAUGUUUGCUGCUAAUGCCGGUGCCAAGCACGUGUAUGGGAUUGAAUGUUCAAGUAUAUCUGAAUAUUCAGAGAAGAUCAUCAAGUCAAAUCACCUACACAAUGUCAUUACCAUCUUCAAGGGCAAGGUGGAGGAGGUGGAGCUGCCUGUGGAGAAAGUGGACAUUAUCAUCUCAGAGUGGAUGGGCUAUUGCCUCUUCUACGAGUCCAUGCUAAACACCGUCAUCUUCGCCAGGGACAAGUGGCUGAAACCUGGAGGCCUGAUGUUCCCUGACAGAGCAGCGCUCUAUGUGGUAGCCAUUGAAGACAGGCAGUACAAGGACUUCAAGAUUCAUUGGUGGGAAAACGUGUAUGGGUUCGACAUGAGCUGCAUUCGCAACGUGGCCAUCAAAGAACCUCUGGUGGAUGUGGUAGAUCCCAAGCAGGUGGUGACUAACACCUGCCUCCUAAAGGAAGUGGACAUCUACACCGUGAAGCCAGAGGACCUGUCCUUCACCUCAGCCUUCUGUCUGCAGAUCCAGCGCAAUGAUUACGUCCACGCCCUGGUCACCUAUUUCAACAUCGAGUUCACCAAGUGUCACAAAAAGACUGGCUUCUCCACUGCUCCAGAUGCUGCCAGCACACACUGGAAACAAACAGUGUUUUACCUAGAGGACUACUUAACUGUCAAGAAGGGAGAGGAGAUUUUUGGCAGUAUUGCUGUCAGGCCCAAUGAGAAGAACGUGCGUGACCUGGAGUUCACCCUGGAGCUAGACUUUAAAGGACAACUAUGUGAGGCCGCCAUUUCCCACGACUAUAAAAUGCGUUAGGAACAACAACAACCAACCAACUACCCUCAGUCCUUCGGGACCCACUUGGAGAGGAGGGGGAGGGCACAGGCUCUCCGACAAGCAUUCCAGUUGGCGAGCGAGGGCGACCAGACGCAUCUGAUUGGAUGCCAUCAUGCCAGCACCUAAGCGAUGUCAUCAGAAUAGGCAAGUAUCUAUCAGCAAUAGUGCCAUCACCUGUACCAACUUGAUCGACUCGGGCACGUCGUUGAAUGUAACAUCCUAAACGAACUUGAUUUCUUUUCUCUCUCACUAGUUUCUGGAAAUGUUAUUAUGAGUAUUAAAUGAAAAGCAUUUGAGUCUUUAUAUUGUUAGUGCAGCUAAUUGAAAAGCAUUGAUCUGCGUGAUGUUAAGAGGGUUACAGCACAGUCAUUAUCUGUUUUUCCUUUUGUCAUUUAAGAUUUAUUAUGCACUGUAUAAUUGUAUAGAGGGUACAGUAAUCAAUUGUGUUUUAUUUUAUUAUUUAUUAUUUGCAUGUGAACGUUUUUUGCUUUAUUGAUUUCAGAAAGAUGUGAAAUGUAAUGUAUUUCUUUAAUUGAGGAUAUUUCAGAACAACUGUACUUUGGUGCCAGAAUAAAACAGAACAAUGCCUCAGAACAGUAACAAACACAUGCAAUAUGUCAUGUACCACUUUGUUUUGGAGAUCAGACAAACAAUGAAUAUGAAAAAAGAUGAACACGAUGAUGAAUAAAAUGUUAAAGAAUCAA